CCAGCCCCAGAGCACCCAUGGAGUUGGCGCCUAUGCCAGGGGGAAUCCCCCAAAGUGGCUCCUCUGAUGCUGCCCUUUUCUAGCAUCUGGCUCCGAGACGCUGUUCCUGGAAGGGGUUUAAAGUGUCUCGAUGAUGGAAGGAUGAGUAAGAACAAGGAGGAGAAUUCUCAGCAGGAAGCGGCUGAGGAAGUGGAACUGCACAAAACUUUAUCAGGAAGACCCAAAGGGAAUUUUUUCCAGAGUCAUGAGCAGGGAAAAGCCUGGGAGAUACCACACAAGUCAGAGAAGUGGCAGGGAAACCAGCCAGGGAAGAAAGUGGGUAAAACCACUAAUUGUAAGGGAAAUGGCAAGGACCUUGAGGAAACCGCAGCCCAGCAGAGAAUCCACAGAGACGGAAGAAAAAACACAUGCACCAAGUGUGGGAAAAGCUUCAGUCGUAGCUCAAACCUUGUUUCCCAUUGGAGAAUCCACACAGGAGAGAGGCCGUAUAAAUGUAGCGAGUGCGGGAAAAGCUUCAACCAGAGCUCCAACCUUAUUUCCCAUCAGAGAAUUCACACGGGAGAGAGACCCUAUCAAUGUCUGGACUGUGGGGAAAACUUCAACCAGAGCUCAGACCUCAUCACACAUCAGAGACUGCACACGGGAGAGAAACCAUAUAAAUGUAUUAGGUGUGGAAAAACCUUCAAUCAGAGCUCAAAUCUGAUUUCACAUCAGCAAAUUCACACUCGAGAGAGGCCCUAUAAAUGCCUGGAGUGUGCGGAAAGUUUUGACUGGAGCACCCAACUUAUUAGACACCAGCUAAUCCACACAGGAGACAGACCCUAUAAAUGCCUCGAAUGUGGGAAAAGCUUUAGUGACAGCUCAGCCCUUAUUACGCAUCAGCGAACCCACACGGGAGAGAAGCCCUAUAAAUGCCUCGAGUGCGGGAAAAGCUUCAACCAGAGCUCCACCCUGAUUAGACACAAGAGGACUCACACGGGAGAAAAGCCCUAUAAAUGCUCAGACUGCGGGAAACGUUUCAGUCAGAGCUCGAACCUAAUUACGCAUCAGAGACUCCACUCAGGAGAGAAACCUUGAAUGUGGGUGAUGCUUCAGUUGGAAUUCGAUCACAUUCGCCAACAGCAAAUUCAGACAGGGAAGAGAGCUCGUAAAUGUCCUUAGCAUGGGAAAGAUUUCAGCUGGAGCAAACACUAUACUGGACAUCAGCAACUCCAGCAGAGUUGAACCUGAGCUGUUAGUGGCCCUCCGGGGCUGGAGCAUCCACGGGGGAAAAUUGGUGGGUGCAGCGCCCCGCCCCCCCUGCCCCAGCUCACCUCCGCCUCCUUCCGUGGGCACACCACGUGCCAGCUUUUCCCCUCUGGCUCCCAGCGCUUGUGCCGCGAAACAGCUGAUUCACGCAGCAAGCGCUGGAAAGGAGAGGGAAUACCGUGCAUUCGGGGAAGAAGCGGGGCCGGGGCAGGGAUUUGAGGAAGGGA